GUCAACGCGUCUGUGAGGAAACAGAACUACAUUUCCCGUGAGGCUCAAACAUUUCGCGCGAACACGUUCCGUGAACUUCCGGGGCACGAAGCUACAUGUGCGUAUGUUUUCGUUGCACCGUGUGGUUGUGUAGAUGUGAGGAUCAGUUCUAUUUUUAACUCUAUUUAAUUAAUUAAACGGCUCAGCUGACGUAAUCAACAUGACGUCAUCUGGAAAUACAAUAGACGAUGAGGACACCUUUAAGAUCCUCGUCGCCACUGAUAUCCACCUGGGUUACCUGGAGAAGGACGCCGUCAGAGGCAAUGACACGUUUGUGACGUUUGAUGAGAUCAUGAAGUGCGCAAAACAAAACGACGUGGACCUGGUGCUCCUGGGUGGAGAUCUCUUCCAUGACAACAAGCCUUCACGUAAAGCUCUGCACAGCUGCAUGGAGGUGAUGAGGAAGUACUGCAUGGGCGAUAAACCCAUCCUGUUCGAGAUCAUCAGUGACCAGGCCGUCAACUUCGGGAACAGCAGGUUCCCCUGGGUGAACUACCAGGACGAGAACCUGAACAUCUCCAUCCCUGUAUUCAGCGUCCACGGGAACCAUGACGAUCCGACUGGGGCUGAUGGUCUGUGUGCUCUGGACGUGUUGAGUUGCGCUGGUCUGGUCAAUCAUUUCGGACGCAGCCGGUCAGUGGAGAAAGUGGAGAUCAGCCCCAUAUUACUGCAGAAAGGAAGCACCAAGAUCGCUCUCUAUGGCCUGGGCUCGAUCCCGGAUGAGAGGCUGUACCGCAUGUUUGUGAAUAAUCAGGUGACUAUGCUCCGCCCCCGAGAGGACGAGAGCGCCUGGUUCAAUCUGUUUGUCAUCCAUCAGAACAGGAGUAAACACGGUGCCACUAACUACAUCCCUGAGCAGUUUCUGGAUGAUUUCCUGGACCUGGUGAUUUGGGGCCACGAGCAUGAGUGUAAAAUCGCUCCUGUCCGAAACGAGCAGCAGCUUUUCUACAUCACGCAGCCGGGCAGCUCUGUGGUCACCUCACUGUCUCCAGGGGAAGCUGUCAAAAAGCACAUUGGCUUGCUCAGGGUGAAGGGCAGGAAGAUGAACCUGCAGAAGAUUCCUCUACACACAGUGAGACAGUUUUUCAUUCAGGAUGUGAUUCUUUCUGAUUAUCCGGAGCUCUUCAGCCCUGAGAUUCCCAACGUCACCCACAAAGUGCAGGCUUUCUGCCAGCAAAAGGUUGAAGAGAUGUUGGAGGAGGCAGAGAGAGAGAGACUCAGAAACCCACUAACACCCGAUAAACCUCUCAUCAGGCUACGAGUGGACUACAGUGGAGGAUUCGAGUCGUUUAACACAAUGCGCUUCAGUCAGAAGUUUGUGGAUCGGGUCGCAAAUCCUAAAGACAUCCUGCAUUUCAUCCGACACAGAGAGAGUAAAGACGAUGUGAAAGGGGAGAGUAUAGAUUUCGAUUUGCUCCUCUCUCGACCGUCGUCUGAAGUUCUGCAGUUGCGAGUUGAGGAUCUUGUGAAGGAGUACUUUCAGACUGCGGAGAAGAACAUGCAGCUGUCCCUGCUGACGGAGCAGGGCAUGGGUAAAGCCGUGCAGGAGUUUGUGGAUAAAGAGGAACGAGACGCCAUCGAGGAGCUCAUCAACUACCAGCUGGAGAAAACACAGCGCUAUCUCCGGGAACGACACGUGGAGGCCACAGAGGAGAAGAUCGACGAGGAGAUUCGCCGCUUUAGAGACUCGAAGAAGAACACAGCAGAGGAGGAUGAAGAAGUGCAAGAGGCAAUUAGUCGAGCGAGAGCUCACAAAGAUCGUCCAGAUCCUGCAAGAGACGAGGAUUUUGACCAGGUAGACGACCUGGCUGACAUUCCCAUGGACUCCGAUGAGGACGACGCCCCCAUGCCGCCGGUUCGGGGAAGAGGGCGGGGCUCCAGAGCGAGAGGAGGGAGGGGCCAAAGCAGUGCAGCAAGAGGAAGAGCACGAGGAGCUGGGUCUCAGGCGGGUCGAGGGGGGCGGGGCCAGAAAGCUGCUUUGUCAAGUCCGAUUAAAACCAAAUCUAUAAUGGAUGCGUUCCAGGCUCCGAGAGGAUCCCGAGGUUCCGCAAAAUCCAAGGUCACUAUAGAGGACAGCGACUCCGAGGACGACCGGUCCUUUAUCAAGACGUCUCGUCCUGCACAGCAAUCUUCCUCUUUAUCCUCCUCCAGUAGGCGUGGCUCCCAAAGUCUCAGCCAAUCAAAUAAGGGAGUCUGCUUUGAUGAAGAUGAUGAUGAUGAAGAGUUUGACCCGUUUAAGAAAGCAGGUCGUCGGGGUAGAUGAUGACUGGAUAAACCUGACCUCUCUCCUCCAGUGUACUCCAUCAUCCCUCCAUCACUCUCUCGUUAAUUUCUCUCAUUUCUCUUCUCCUGAUCUAUCAUUGUUUGUUCUGUGAGAGUUUGGAGGCAAGUUUAAAGGCCACAUGAAGUUCAUGAUGUUCAAGUUUCUCUCUCUUUCUCUCUCUCUCUCUCUCUCUCUCUCUCUGUUUAAUCUGCUCUCUCUCUCUCUGUACCCUCCGGCUCUGGGUGUUAGACUUUCUCAGAAAUGUUCUCACUCUGAGUGUGUAGAGGGAGCUGAGUGAAGGUCAGUGAGGUUGCACUUCAGGAUGUCUGAUGAGUUUAACGUCCUUUUUAAUGACCCUUGAUGAUGUCAGUGGCUCGGCUUCUGUCCGGCGCUUUUGUUCUCUCCUCCUUUUCUUUCACUGAUUUUGGUUGAAUCUGAUCUCUGUUCAUGUGUGAAACUUCAUUCUCACUAAACUUUUUUAUAUUUC